GAGUAGACUUUAAAGGAUUUUGAAGAUAACAACUUUUAAUAUAGAUGAAGGAUAUGUAUAAGAUUUAAAAAUAUAUUUUAGUUUCCACGCGUUUUAAGUAUGUCUGGGCUUGGUAGAGGUGGCAGAGGAGCCUUGCUCUUAAAGGCCCUGGAAACACCUAUGAAGAUACCAGGACAACCUGUUCAGAAUGGUAAUUCAUCAUCUCUAUCAGAAAUUAAACCGGUUGCCAUCACAACUGAUACUAAUUCGAAUGUUCUUACAAGUAAAGUGAAUGGGCACUCAUCCACUCCAUCUGAAAUUAAACCAGCUGAAAAUUUAUCGAAUUUGAAUGGACAUUCACAACCUGACAUAAAAGUAUCAGUGCCUGUAGUACACGGUACAGCAAAUGGGCAUGGCAUUUUAGCUCAUCAACUCUCUAAGCAACUUAGUACAAAUUUACCAGAGCAACAAACUCCAGGAAAAACUUCACUGACUUGCAUUUCGCCAACUUUACCAGCAUCCGUUUCUCCAUCAUUACCUACUCAAUCCAAGAUCCAGUCAACAUCUCCUGUUCCUGUAAUUGAGAUGGAUUCUAUGUCCAUUAAUUCAGGUAAAAGCUUUGAAAAAGGAACACAAGGAACCGCAAACCCUAUGUAUUUAAAUUUUGUGAGAUUAAAGUGUAGAAAUGAAGGCGCAUUUCAAUACAAUGUCAGUUUCAAUCCACCUAUUGAGAGUAAGAACAUGCGUUUUGGAAUGCUUAAAGAACAUACAGAAGUGAUUGGGAAAGCUAAAGCUUUUGAUGGUUCAACACUAUUUCUUCCUCACAGGCUACCACAACCUCAAAUUAAUUUAACAAGUAAAAGGCAAACUGAUAACACUGCUGUUCAAGUAACUAUAACUCUUGUAAAAGUUUUAGCCCCUUCACAAUGCAUGCAACUUUACAAUGUUCUUUUAAGAAGGAUCAUGAAAAUUCUUGAACUUCAACAAGUUGGGCGAUAUUAUUAUGACCCUAAAUCCCCAGCUAUGAUACCUCAACACAAAUUAGAGUUAUGGCCAGGAUAUAUUACAGCUAUUCAGGCAUAUGAAGGAGGCAUAAUGUUAUUGGCUGAUGUCUCUCACAGAUUGCUGCGUACUGACACUUGCUUGAACUACAUGUAUGAUAUAAUUCAAAAAAAUCAGCAAGACUAUCAAAAUGAAGUAACAAAAAAACUUGUUGGAACAAUAGUGCUGACAAGAUACAACAACAAAACAUAUCGUAUUGAUGAUAUUGCGUGGGACAAAACUCCUGAAUCAACCUUUACUUAUCAUGACGGGGAAGAAAUGUCUUAUGUUGAAUACUACAAAAAAUCGUAUAAUAAAGAAUUGUCAGAUUUGGGUCAACCCCUCUUAAUACACAGGCCUAAGGAACCAAAAGGUGUUAAACCUAAGGGUAAACCAUUAGAGGUCAUAUGCCUAAUACCAGAACUUUGUUCAAUGACUGGCCUUACAGAUGAUAUGAGAGCUGAUUUCCGUGUAAUGAAGGAUAUUGCACAACACACGCGUAUUACUCCAAACCAACGUCAGAUGGCAAUGCGGAAGUAUAUUAAAAAUAUUUAUAACAACCCUACAGCUUUAGCUGAGUUGGAAAAUUGGGGUUUACACUUAGAGGAAGAUUUAUUAAAAACUGAAGGUCGUUUACUUCCACCAGAAAAAAUUAUUUUGGGUAACAAUAAAUCAAUAAUAUGCAACAGAGAAGCUGACUGGGGUAAAGAAGCAACACGAGAAGCUGUUAUUACUGGGAUUGACAUUAAUAGUUGGAUGGUUAUAUCUACAAAGCGUGACCAACCAAAAGCAUUUGAGUUCGUUCAAACAAUGAAGCAGUGCUGUCCACAAAUGGGUUUCAAGUGUGGCGAUCCUUUCUUUUUUGCCUUAAAUGAUGAUCGAACAGAAACCUACUUGAGAACCAUUAGAGAAAAUCUAAACCAGAAAGUCCAAUGUGUGGUUUGCAUAUUUCCUACUUCAAGAGAUGACCGAUAUGCUGCUGUCAAAAAACUAUGCUGCAUUGAAUCACCUGUUCCCUCCCAGAUGAUUAACGCACGUACUAUUUCUCAAGCCAAUAAGUUGAGAAGUGUCACUCAAAAAGUGGCACUACAAAUAAAUGUAAAACUUGGAGGUGAACUUUGGGCUCUUAACAUACCAAUGAAAAAUGUGAUGAUUUGUGGCAUUGAUGUCCAUCAUGAUACAUCGAAAGGAUCUCGUUCUGUUGGAGGCUUUGUUGCAAGCACAAACAGUACAUUUACUCGAUGGUAUUCUAGAUGUGUUUUUCAAAACAUUGGUCAGGAGUUAAUUGAUGGGCUAAAAUUAUGUUUUGUUGGUGCACUUAAAAAGUAUCAUGAUGAAAAUCAUUCCCUUCCUGAAAAGAUAUUUGUUUUUCGUGAUGGUGUUGGUGAUGGACAAUUAGAGAUUGUGUCCAAUUAUGAAGUAAAACAACUACAAGAUUGUUUUCCCUUGUUAAAUGACAGUUAUCAUCCAAAAAUGUGUGUAGUUGUUGUACAAAAGAGAAUAUCACAAAGGUUAUUUGCAAUACAGAAUGGUGGUCUUGAAAAUCCAGCUCCUGGGUCUGUAUUAGAUCACACAGUUACUCGGAAGGAUUGGUUUGAUUUUUUUUUGGUGAGUCAACAUGUUAGACAAGGAACAGUGACUCCUACUCAUUAUGUUGUAGUUUAUGAUGAUACUGGGUUAAAACCUGAUCAUAUACAGAGAUUAUCUUACAAAUUGACACAUUUAUACUACAACUGGCCCGGCACAAUUCGCGUACCUGCCCCCUGUCAGUACGCACACAAACUAGCUUUUUUGGUUGGUACUUCGCUACACAAGGAUCCGGCUUUAGAGUUAUCGGAUAGGCUCUUUUUCUUGUAAAAAAAUUCUUAUUUGGUUUAAAACCGGUAACAAUGCGUUGUGUUAUAUAAUAGUUUUUAACAACUUAUGUAUUUUUGACGAAAAUGUUAUAUAAGCUUUAAUAUAAUAAGAACCACUUAUGAACAUUUUUGUUUUGAAGUUCAAUUUUCUAUAUUUUAAAAAGUCUAAUUUGAUUAAUAAUUGAACUUGAGUUUCCAAAGAAAAAUAUUUAAACGAAAAUAUUCUAUAACUUAUGUUAUUAAUUUUAUGUCUUUUUCUUAAAACUGUAAAUAUUUUUUUUUAAAGUUUGUUUUAUUUUGUUUAUAACGUUAAAAAGUUAAUAAACGAAACUCGGUAGC